GAACCUCCGUUUACAACACAAUCGCCACCGCACCAACCUGCCGCCACGAUGCCACUUGGCUUCGAGCGGCUCAACGAGCGCUCGCAAAGACCAAAUGCCCACAUCAACUUCAUCAAACCGCUUCCCUCAAACUCUCCCCAAGACCAGAAGAUCGCCCAGGACUUCCUGGAGCGGAUCGCCGCACAAUGCUAUCCCGUCAUGAAGCGAGAGCACAUUAGCGUCAUGGCUCUUGAGGAGUAUGCACCAAACCCAGAAUUCCUCGGCCGCAACUUCAACGCCGGCGAAGUCGUCCAGCUCGUACUCAAGGACAAGUCCGGCCGCUGGCUGAGCUUCAAGUUUGUGCAGAUGGUGAUGAUGCAUGAGCUGGCACACUGCAAGCAAAUGAACCACUCUCGCGCCUUCUGGCAGGUGAGGAACCAGUAUGCCGACCACAUGAAGGAACUGUGGACGCAGAGGUAUGAGGGUGAAGGUGUUUGGGGCAGAGGACAGAACCUCAUCAGUGGCGACUUUGUUCACGAUCGUAUGCCGGAUGACGCAGACAUUCCGGAGCACUUGUGCGGAGGCACGUACCGUCGGGGACGGGGCAGGAAGCGCAAACGAGGCCAGAGCGACGCCGACCCUGCUCGACCGACGUACGCUGAGAGGCAGCAGAAGCGCAUCAAGAAGAAGUUCGGCAAGCACGGCGAGGGCCAUGAUCUGGGCGAGGAUGAGCUCGUCAGGGGUGCACUGGAGAAAGGCAAAAGCCGGCCAGGCAAGCCUAGGGUCGCCAACAGCAAGCGCGGACGGGAGCUCAGAGCCAGCGCUGCCCUUGCGAGAUUCGAUGCGGCCAAGAACCAACAAGCACGAGAACGCACGACAGACACAACGCCUGAACUGAUUGAAGAUGGCGAUAGCGAGACGGAGUCGGAGGAAGAUUUGGACGAUCCAUAUGCCGACGGACUGAACAUACUGGAGACGCUCGUGAGGAUUAAGGAUCAACGGGGGCGUGACUUGUAUCAGGUAUGCGGCGAUGAGGGCGGAGAGGACGAGGGUGGUGAGGAGGAGAUGGAGGAGCUGAAGAUGAUCGGGGCGAAUACGACUUCAGCGGCGGAAGGCGUCGAUGCCAAAACCCGCCAGCCGACAAGCGACCAACCCCCUCAGCGCAAGACAUCGCCAAUCCGGGACGUGCCAACCACUGCCAGCUCUCAUCAGACAACAACGAGCUCCAAUGUGUCCACAUGCCCAAUCUGUUCUCUGGAUAACGAAGCGAGCUCCGCAACAUGCAUGGCCUGCUCACACGUCCUAAAACCCUCUCUCAUGAAGAGCCACUGGCGUUGCAAAAGCAGUCAAUGCCACGGGUCCGCGUACAUCAAUGCUGGCGAUGCCGGACGCUGCGGCCUCUGCGGUGGGCUGAAACCUGCGGCGGGUAACGAUAAGCCGAUGGGCUUAGUCGGGGCUGAUGUGUUGAGGUGGGACUGA